UUCCUUUGAAUUUAUCAGGAGAGACAGCGUGUUUUGAGGAGAAAGCGCCAUUUUAUAUAGGCGAGUAUAUUGCCAUUACAUGGAUAUGUGUACAGUUUCUUCUACUAUUCUUUGGCACGCUAGUAGACCUUAGUUGGUCUUACAAGCAAUCAAACGUCCACAGACAGUGUAGCUACGAAUCUGAAAGCAUGAACGCGAAUGUAGGUGGUGGCAAUAUUAAUUAUGGAUUUGAGAUGUCGGAGUUUAAUGAUAAAGAAAGCAAUAUGUCCCCGUGUGGGUCACCACAAGUCAUGAACGAACCAACGAGAGAUGGUGCAGAGAUGAGCAAUGCCCAAUUAACAACAAACCAAGCUCAAAUGAAUCUGUACAGCCCCCUGGUGGACGCGUUUUCACUAUUAUCUGCCGGCAAACAUCUGCUCAAUACGGAUCAGUCAGAAGAUGACUUUAGCAGCCUUCAUGGAAUCAGAGUAUUGAGCAUGUUUUGGAUCAUCCUACUACACACGCAUUUGUACAUGAUUACUGCUAUGGAUAACUACUUUGAAGCGUUCAAAAGAAGCACGUCUUUCCUCUAUCAGAUUCUUACAAAUGGAGAUGUAGCCGUAGACACAUUUUUUCUCAUGUCAGGAAUUCUGGUGACAUACUGGACCAUAAAGCGUCUGCAGACUAGAGGAAACUGUGGCGAUUGGUGGUUUUGGACCAGGUUUUACCUACAUCGAUGGUGGAGGCUCGCUCCUCUCUAUGGAUUUGUGAUUCUAAUUGCGUGUACACUACUGAUUCGAAUGGCGAAGGGACCACUUUACGCUCUACCCCAGAUGACCCUGGACAUGUGUAAAAGAAACUGGUGGACAAACCUUUUGUUUAUCAAUAACUUUUACCCUACUGAAGGACAAGAAAAGUGUCUUAGCUGGAGCUGGUAUCUUGCCGUCGACGUCCAGUGCUACAUUGUUAGCCCACUUUUCAUUCUUCUUCUCCACACAAGAAAAAGAUUAGGAAUUGCUCUAGUCUUAGCUGCUAUCGCGGGGUCAAUAGUACUAACAGGCUUGCUAUCUGCUCACUAUGGCUUACCCGUCACAGCGUUUGGAAGGCCGAGCAAGAAUACGACAGACGCAGCAGUAGAUUAUAUAUAUGAGAAGCCUUGGACGCGUUGCCCACCGUUCCUACUAGGCAUGUUGCUUGGUUAUACUUUCACCUGCAUGAAGACUCGCAAGCUAAAAAUAAACAUGGCCGUGGUUGUUGCUAACUGGUUCAUCUCAGCUGCUCUGAUGCUCGCCGUGCUGUUUGGAUUAUAUGACCACUACCAGAACCCAGGCGCCCAGCACAACGAAGCGGUCAAAGCUAUUUACAACGCCUGUCACCGAUGCGCCUGGUCUAUUGGUGUGGCGUGGAUCGCGUUUGCCUGCGAAACGGGCAAUGGAGGUGCAGUAGAACUCUUUCUGAAAUGGCGUGCAUGGAAGCCACUCAGCAGAGUUAGCUACGUUGUCUACAUUCUUCACCCGGCGCUGCUGCUUGUGUACUACUCCACGCGCCCAGUGACAAUGCAUUAUGACGACUGGCCCAUGCUAUACAACUACGCGGGAAUAUUGGUUUUUUCCUACCUCGUCUGCACAUUGCUCUACCUAGCCGUGGAACUUCCUCUGUAUAGAAUUGUGAAAACGGUGCCGUUUACUAUGAACAUUUUGACAGCACGAGGGCCAGCGAGACCGCGUACGAUCGCACCAAGCACACUAAUAUUAUGUCCUUGCCAUAACGAAGUCAUUAUUAAAUGUGCACAGAUAAAAAAUAACGCGGCACUUAGAGUUCUUAGUUUAUAAUCUGCUGUAUAACGAGUAACUGCAUAAUGUAUAAUGUAUAAUGUACAAUGUAUAAAUAGUAACUGCAAAACGAGCAAAAAUUCGUCUCGUUUCCAAUAAUGAACGUGUUAAGAUCGAAUCGAAGAGUUAAAAGUCAAAUUAGGAUAAUUCUAAAAUCUGAAUUAAAUCUGAAUUAGAAUCGGUUAUAGCGAUGUUGGCCUCCGCCAACAUUAUCAAAAGUUGUUGUUUUUUCGCUAUAACUGUGACUGCAGUAUCAAAAUACGAAUGGAUGAAUAUACUGAGUUGUUCUUUUGUUGUAAACAAAAUGUUUUGCAUACCAAUGCAUUGGUAUAGUGUAAAGCGAUAGUAAUAUAUAGCAUGUAGUAUAUCGUAAUAUCUGUGAAGGUACAGAUAAUGAGAUAUUCAUAAGAAUAAUAUAUUUUAGAUUUUCCGAGGUAGUACAUUCUAAUAGCGCAUGUGUGCGUGAAGAGGUAGCGUGCGCUACAACGCCGACCGACGGCGCCUAGUUAUCAGCGACACCUAGCGUCGUCGGUGGGCAUCGGCCAUAGAAAUAUAUAGAAAGCAUAUUAUAGCGACAUACAUAGAUACAUAUAUAUAGAGACAUAUUUCUAUGGCUUCGGCUAUGUAUACUCGUAGUGACGACAGAGCGUUGUGUUUCUCCUGGUAAUUUGUGAUCGUCGGUUACGGUGAGCGAAAAUGGUCGUCGGGCUAUAUCCUCGAUAGUCUGCAGUAAGCGUCGUAUACACUUCCCAGUUUGCAUUAUGUGUCGGCGCCCCAUGUUACUCAUGAGAAUACGUGAAUGUAUCCGGUGUACCUCGGCAGAGUUACUACGUGCAGCCAAAGCUGACAAAACGCGGUUUAUAUAGAGAGCUUUUUAAUCGCCUUCAAGUUCAGCGCAUCUACGUCCGCGGAUGUUUGAACACAACAGAAAUUACGUCUUUUUAUUUCCCGUGCGUAUCUCCAUAGACUAACAAUAUUGUUCGUCUAUGGUGUCCCUGACCACGUAAAAAUAUUAUAUUUCGGUAACGUUGAUUACUGUGCGAGUGUCAUUAUAACCGUGCUAGCUUAUAACCGUGCCGAACGACGAUUGCAGAAAAUAAAUAUAUGUGCUU